GUUAGCUGUCCCCUCUCUGCCUCCCCCCAAAAACCAAACCCCAUGCAUUUACCUUAAUUGCGCCAUUAAUUAUUUAAACCACCCAAUUUUAAAGUUUUAAUCCCAUAUUUUUACCUCUUAAUUAAAAUAAAUGAAGGAUUUAACCUACCCUCGCAUGAAAAAUGUAAUUACGGAGCAGCAGCAGCAGCAGGAGGAGGAGAAGUGUUUUAAUGGAUCUGUCUGCGCAGAGCUCUUCAUAAGUCUCUCUCUCUCUCUCUCUCUCUCUCUCUCUCUUCUUUCUCUCUCCCGAGUCUUUAAGUCAUUUUCGAAAGGUUCGUUUUGGCUUCGGAUCGGGUCCUGCAUUUGUAUAAAUCGGAGCCGUUUGAUCCGCGCUGGAAGGGAUUCGGAUUCGCUUUUUGUCUGAUUGGAUGGUCUGAUUGGGGUUGAAGAUGAACCCGCUGUGCUGCAUUGCGCCGGUUUCGGUCGAUCGGGACCGGGGCACCCCGGUGGCGGCGAAGCAGUUGGGUGAGUGCCAGAUAGGCCCGGAGGCUCCGAUCCGGAACGUUAGCUACGGUUCGAGGCCGAGCUACUCGGCUCAGGUCUCGUCGGCCGGUACUGAAACGGACAGGGCUUCCGUCGCGGCGGGGCAUGAGGUUGAAGAUACGAUCAGUGAAGCAAGGGAUUCGAAGGUGUUUGGCGGAGGCGUGAGCGGAGGCGUGGCUGGGAUUCUGUACAAAUGGGUGAACUACGGGAAGGGGUGGCGGUCGCGGUGGUUUGUGCUCGAAGACGGCGUGCUUUCGUACUAUAAGGUUCAUGGACCGGACAAGAUUUUGAUGAGCCAGGUGAGAGAGAAGGGGUUGAGGGUGAUCGGAGAGGACUCGCUGAGGUAUAUGAAGAAGGCGAAUUGGGGAAGUAAUCGGCUUGGCGGCGCGGCGGCGGCGGCGGCGAGGCCGUGGAAGCCUUUCGGAGAAGUGCAUUUGAAGGUCUCUUCAAUUCGUGCCAGCAAAUCAGAUGAUAAACGGCUUUCCAUAUUCACAGGAACUAGAACUCUUCACUUGUGGUGUGUAUCGAGAGAGGACCGAGCUACAUGGGUUGAGGCACUGCUCGGUGCUAAAGAUCUGUUUCCUCGAGUCUUUACAAGCAAUGAUUUAGUACUUUCGAGAGAUAUAGUUGUCUCGACAGAGAAACUAAGACUAAGAUUAGCACAGGAGGGCAUUAAUGAGCCAGUGAUCAAAGACUGCGAGUCAAUAAUGCUCUUAGAAGUGUCAGAACUUCAGAACCAGUUGAAGGCUCUUCGGAGUAAACACGUGAUGCUGUUGGAGUCAUUGAGACAAUUGGAGAAGGAGAAAAUAGAGCUGGAAACUACAGUAGUGGAUGAAACAAAGGAGCGUGAGUCAUAUGGACAGGGGGAUAGGAGAUUUAGUGAUUUCUAUUCCGUCUUAUCUGAGGGCAGUGCAAGUGAUUCUGAUGCAGAUAAUGAAAGCCAAAUUGAAACAGAUGAAGAUGAGGGAACAUAUUUUGAUACACAUGACAUUUUGUCUUCAGAAGCUCUAAGAAGUGCUUCCUAUCGAAGUAGAGAAGUCUUGGGGAAUGAUACUCUAAGAAGUGCUUCCUACCGGAGCAAGGAAGGUUUGGGAAAUGGUUCUAUAUUUGAAAGAGAUUCUUUCUUUUCCGAUCGAUUGCAUGGAGUUGAAGAGAUCACGACAAUUAAAUAUCCAUAUGUGAAAAGGAGGGAUAAUUUGCCAGAACCCAAGGAGAAAGAGAAGCCUAUUAGCUUGUGGUCGAUUAUCAAGGAUAAUAUUGGGAAGGACUUGUCUGGAGUUUGUCUUCCUGUUUAUUUUAAUGAACCACUCUCAUCGUUGCAAAAGUGCUUUGAAGAUCUGGAAUAUUCAAACUUGGUUGAUCGAGCAUCGGAAUGGGGAAAGUGGGGAAAUGAUUUAAUGAGAAUUCUAAAUGUUGCAGCAUUUGCUGUAUCUGGCUAUGCAUCAACAGAAGGUCGGCAUUGCAAACCCUUUAAUCCUCUCCUUGGGGAGACCUAUGAGGCUGACUAUCCAGAUAAAGGACUUCGUUUUUUCUCUGAAAAGGUGAGUCACCACCCAAUGGUUGUUGCUUGUCACUGUGAAGGAAGAGGUUGGAAAUUCUGGGCGGACUCCAAUCUCAAAGGCAAGUUUUGGGGGCGUUCUAUUCAGCUUGAUCCUGUGGGUACCCUUGCCUUGCAGUUUGAGGAUGGGGAGACGUUUCAGUGGAGCAAGGUCACUACCUCUAUAUACAAUAUCAUACUAGGAAAAAUUUAUUGCGACCACUAUGGCACCAUGCGCAUCAGGGGCAGUGGCAAUUAUUCCUGCAAGCUAAAGUUCAAGGAGCAGUCUAUUAUAGAUCGAAAUCCACAUCAGCCAUUGGAAUUUCAGGUUCAUGGAUUUGUUCAAGACAAUAGAACUGGAGAGAAAGUAGCAAUGUUGGUGGGUAAGUGGGACGAGGCAAUGUACUACGUGCUGGGAGAUCCAACUACAAAACCAAAGGGUUAUGAUCCUAUGACAGAAGCUGUGCUUCUCUGGGAAAGAGAUGACUAUGUUACCAAGACAAGAUACAAUCUCUCUCCUUUUGCAAUAUCCCUUAAUGAACUGACACCUGGCCUAUUGGAGAGGUUACCGCCUACAGACUCAAGGCUAAGGCCAGAUCAAAGACAUUUGGAGAAUGGCGAUUAUGAAUUGGCAAAUGCAGAGAAACUAAGACUUGAACAGCUACAAAGACAGGCAAGGAAGUUGCAAGAGAGAGGGUGGCAGCCAAGAUGGUUUCGGAAAGACGAGGAUGGUUGUUAUAGUUACGUGGGAGGGUAUUGGGAAACUAGGGAGAAGAAGAAUUGGGACGGAAUUCCCGAUAUUUUUGGCCAGAGUAGUGAUUUGCCUUCGUGUUCCGGUGAAGAGUAAGGCAUCUCUUGGCCGACCUUUGUUGUAUUAGAUUACGCCGGUCUUUCGUUUCUGCCCCUUGCCCUGAAUCCGAGUUUAGUGUAGGCUGCGUUAUAGAAAAAAAUUCCUUGGUGGUGUAAUGAUAGUUUUCAUUUGGGACAUUACGUCGUCCAUGGAGCUGCUCAUGCCCAGGAUCUGGUUAAUUUAGAUAGUGUUACCUUCA